GCUAAUAGUUUUUGCAUUCGUAUGUAGAUGGGUUACCAUGGUCGCGCCACUGUGCUAUGGAGCAUGUUGAUGCAAGUGAGAUUACAGUGCACCACUGCUAAUGCCAUCGCACGUUACGCGCGUAGCGGUCAACUAGACCAUGCUCGCAGGGUGUUUGACGAAACGCCUCUCGCUCUCAGAACCAUCUCUUCGUGGAACGCAAUGGUCGCUGCGUACUUCGAAGCCCGCCAACCGCGCGAGGCUCUCUUCUUGUUUGAGAGAAUGCCCCACAGAAAUACCGUAUCUUGGAACGGUCUCAUCUCAGGCCACAUCAAGAACGGAAUGUUGCUUGAGGCGCGCGGGGUAUUUGAUGCAAUGCCCGAUCGCAAUGUUGUUUCGUGGACUUCUAUGGUCCGUGGCUACGUGCGAAACGGCGAUGUUGCUGAAGCGGAACGGCUCUUUUGGCAGAUGCCCGACAAGAACGUGGUGUCGUGGACCGUUAUGCUUGGCGGGUUGCUGCAAGAUGCUCGCAUUGAGGAUGCGCGCAGGCUGUUUGAUAUGAUGCCUGAAAAGGAUGUGGUAGCGGUUACCAACAUGAUUGGAGGGUACUGUGAGGAGGGUCGUUUGGACGAGGCUCGCGCGCUGUUUGAUCAAAUGCCGAAGAGGAAUGUGGUUACUUGGACAACUAUGGUUUCUGGGUAUGCAAGGAAUGGGAGAGUGGAUGUUGCGAGGAAGCUUUUUGAAGUAAUGCCGGAGAGGAAUGAGGUGUCUUGGACGGCUAUGCUUAUGGGUUAUACUCAUAGUGGGAGGAUGGGAGAGGCUUCUAAGCUUUUUGACAUGAUGCCGGUGAAACCGGUUGUUGCUUGCAAUGAGAUGAUCAUGGGGUUUGGGCUUGCUGGGGAGGUGGAUAAGGCGAGGCGUGUGUUUGAGGAAAUGAAGGAUAGGGAUGAUGGAACUUGGAGUGCCUUGAUUAAGGUGUAUGAGAGGAAAGGGUACGAGUUGGAAGCGUUGGGUUUGUUUCGGAGGAUGCAGAGAGAAGGGGUUGCGCUGAAUUUCCCUUCAUUAAUUAGUGUUCUUUCUGUGUGUGCCAGCCUGGCCAGUCUUGACCAUGGGAGGCAGGUGCAUGGCCAAUUGGUGAGAUCUGAAUUUGAUCAGGAUUUAUUCGUUGCCUCGGUCUUAAUUACAAUGUACAUUAAGUGUGGCGAUCUUGUGAGAGCAAAACGUGUUUUUGACAGGUUUCCUUUGAAGGAUGUUGUUAUGUGGAACUCUAUGGUCACGGGUUAUUCCCAGCAUGGAUUGGGGGAAGAAGCUUUGAAUGUUUUUUAUGACAUGGGCUCCUCUGGAGUUCCACCAGAUGAUGUUACCUUUAUCGGGGUUCUUUCAGCAUGUAGCUACAGUGGCAAGGUGAAAGAAGGGCUUGAAUUGUUUGAAUCAAUGAAAUGCAAAUAUCAAGUGGAACCGGGAGUUGAACACUAUGCUUGCCUGGUUGAUUUGCUAGGCCGAGCAGGCCAAGUUAAUGAUGCAAUGAAACUAGUAGAAAAGAUGCCAAUGGAACCUGAUGCAAUUGUUUGGGGUGCAUUGUUGGGAGCAUGCAGAACUCAUAUGAAUCUGGAUUUGGCUGAAGUUGCCGUUGAUAAACUUGCACAGCUAGAACCUAAAAAUGCUGGACCUAUCGUCUUGCUUUCACAUAUGUAUGCGUCUAGAGGAAGAUGGAAAGAUGUUGAAGUACUUAGGAAGAAAAUAAAAUCUAGGAGUGUUAUCAAAUUGCCUGGUUGUAGUUGGAUUGAGAUCGAGAAAAAGGUACAUAUGUUCACUGGGGGAGACAGCAAGGGCCACCCUGAGCAACCUAUUAUCAUGAAAAUGUUGGAGAAGUUAGGUGGAUUGUUGAGGGAAGCUGGGUACUGUCCUGAUGGUAGCUUUGUCCUUCACGAUGUGGAUGAGGAAGAGAAGACACAUAGCUUGGGUUAUCAUAGUGAAAAGCUAGCUGUAGCAUAUGGACUCCUAAAAGUGCCUAAAGGAAUGCCAAUUAGAGUUAUGAAAAAUUUGCGGGUUUGUGGUGAUUGCCAUUCUGCAAUUAAAUUAAUUGCAAAAGUUUCUGGAAGGGAGAUCAUUUUGAGGGAUGCUAAUAGAUUUCAUCAUUUCAAGGAUGGUUACUGUUCUUGUAAGGACUAUUGGUGAUUCCUUGAAGCUCAUAUCUGAAGUUAUUGGAGUAGAGGGUGGCUUGGCCCGAGUUUGAUGGACUUGUAUACCAUGUGCUUUGGUGAUCAGUAUUUUACAAUCAAAUGGAAGCUCCUCAGUACAAAUUGCUAGUGUGACAUAAGUGAGUAUUAUUGGAACCUUCUAUUGACAGCUUUAUACUGUUUUCCGACUCAAGCUUAUGUGAGGAUAGAUUGAAUGAAACAUUCACUUUAGAAGAAUUGGCACUUCAACGAUACCAAUUGCUGUCAAUUUUAGUGUCUCAACUAAAGCAGUCCAAGGAGGUUAUGGAGCUUUUGAUGGGGAUGCAACCUAUAUCACAAUGCAAGAACAUUAAGUGCAAGAGAUCUGAUUAGAAAACUCUAUCUACUACACAAAUGGAAGGAGGGAAAUCAAUUCUCCUCCUAUGAAGGAUAACUGGAUCAUUUUGUAACCGUUGACGUAUCUUUCUUGACAUCUCUCUUCAUUGAUGCUAGGGAGCUCCAUCCACUUCCUCCUGCAUACUAACGAAUCACCGCUAAUCGAAUGAAACAAACGCGUUCAUCAUCACUGCUUCUUCCUUCUUCAUGUACAGUAUAUGCUUGGAAACAGAGGCUAACAUUAUCUUUAAUUGGGUAUGAAAUAUUAAUAUCCUAAACAUUUCCUUCAUUUACGUAUGAAAAAUAAAUAUC